AUGGAUUUGCUAAAAUUCAAGAGCAAUGAGACUUUUUAUUAUUCUAACAUAUCAAAUAUCAAAAUUGAAGAAAAAAAAGAUUUUAUAAAAAAUGAAAAGAAGCUUAAAGAAAAUUUGUUUCUAGAAAACAAAGAAAAAGAAGAAGUAUAUUCCAAUACUCAUGUAUGGUAUUUUUAUAAUAAUGUAUACAAAAAAAUGAAAAUAUUUGCAUUUAAUAAAUUGGAGAAUACAUAUAACCUUGAACGAAAAGGUAACAUAUUUGAAAAUAUACCCUCAGAUAAAGUAACAAGAUGCUUAAAAGAUGAAAUUGAAGUUGAUAGUGAAAACAAUAUAGAUAUACUACAAUUAAAUGAGGAAAAUGUUAUGGAAAAUUUAAAAAACAGAUACAAAAAAAAUAAAAUUUAUACAUUUCAUGCUUCAUUACUGUUAGCUAUUAAUCCAUAUAAACAAAUUAAGGGACUUUAUGAUAUUGAAUGCAUGAAUAUUUAUUUAAAUAAAUUUAAAAAUAACAAAAUAAAUGAUAAUAGAGAUUUUCAAGCACACAUUUAUGAUAUUGGUAAUAUGGCGUAUAAGAAUAUGAUAUUAAAAAAAAAAAGACAAACAAUUAUUGUUUCUGGUCAUAGUGGUAGUGGAAAAACAGAAAAUUGUAAGUUUCUUUUUAAGUAUUUUCAUUAUAUUUUUUUUCAUAAAAACAAUACCAAUAAAAAUAAGAUAUAUAAAAACAUGAACUCUUAUUUAAAUGAAAAUUCAGAGGAUGAAGAUGAAAAUGAAAUAAAAGAAAACAAUGAAUUAAUAUCAGAUUGUAAAAAAUUAACAGACGUUAAUAACUCGAAAAUGAAAAAUGUAAAAGAUAAAAAUGAAAGUAUAGAUGAAAAUAGAACAAACAUAUAUGGUUCUAGUAAAAUGAGUGAAGCUAUAAAUUAUGAACGAAUUGACAAACUCAUUUACAUUAAUAAUAUUAUAGAGUCUAUGAGUAAUGCAAAAACUAUAAAAAAUAGUAAUAGUAGUAGAUGUGGAAGAAUUAAUGAUUUAAUAUUUGAAGAAAAAAAAAAAAAAGAUGAUACUAUAUUUUAUUAUUGUUUUUCCAAUAUUAAAAUAUUAAUACUUUUACUAGAGAUAAAUAGGUGUAUUACUCAAAAUACUGGGGAGAGAAAUUUUCAUGUUUUUUAUCAGUUAAUUUGGGGUUUAACCGAUGAACAAUUGAAGAAAAGAAAUCUGAUUAGAGAUAUUCAUUAUUAUAAUCUUUUGAAUAAUGAUGCAUAUAAAAUGAAGAAUUUAAAGAGAACUCAUAAAAUAGAAAAAAAUGAUUCAAUAGAAAGAGAUCGACAUAAAGAUAAAAAAAAUUUUGAAUUUCUAUUGAAUGGAUUACGUUAUAUAAAUUACGAUGAAAAUAAAAUUAAUCAAUUUUAUGAUGUUAUAGCUGGGAUAAUACAUCUAGGAGAAAUUGAUCCUAAUGAGGAUGAUUUAAUGAAUGAAAGUUAUAAAAAUGCAUGUGAAUGUUUAAAAAUAAACUUAAAUGAUUUACAAAGUACAAUUAAAUAUAAGAAUAUUAAUGUCUCAUUCGAGAAAAUUAGAACACAUAGAAAUAAAGAUAAUUCAUUAUCUACUUUACAUACAUUAAUAAAAGUAAUAUAUAAAAACUUAUUUGAUAGAAUAAUAAAUGAUAUAAAUAUAACAAAUUUAAGUAAUGAAGAAAAAGAAUAUAUAAUAAAUGAAAAAAUAUAUGCAUCCAAUACUAAUAUUAUAUCAAUUUUAGAUUUAUAUGGAUUCGAGGAAUUAUCGUGUAAUAAUUUUGAACAAUUAUGUAUUAAUUUAGCAAAUGAAAAAUUAAAUAAUUAUUACAUUAACAAUGAAAUUGAAAAAGAAAAAAUAAUAUACAAGUCAGAAAAUUUACUAUGGAAUGAUAUAAAAAUUCCUAAUUAUAAAGAAACUAUUACUUUUAUUGAGAAAAUAUUUGCAAACUUGGAUGAUAUAACUAAGCUUAAUAGUAGUGGACAAAAAAAGGUAGAUGAUCAUUUUUUUACUUACUUGUUAAAUAAUGAAAACAAUUAUCUUGAAAAUAACGUUUAUGGUUUUUUAAAUAAUAAAGAUAAUAAAUAUACGAAAAAAAAGCAGAAUAUAAAAAAAAAUAAAUUUUUUAUAAAGCAUUAUGCUGGACAUGUAACUUAUAAUAUAAAUAACUGGAUACAUAAAAAUAGUGACAAAAUUGAAGUAGAAAUAGAAAAUCUUAUUAAAACAUCAACAAAUAUAUUUUUAAGAGGAGAUAAUGAAUUAGAAAAUGAGAAUAAACUUGAAGAUGGUGGAGUUGACAAAAAUACAGAUAAAGAAAAAAAGGAAAAAGAAAAAGAAGAAAGUGAAACCAUAAACGAUGAUAAAAAACAAGAAAACAUAAAAUUGAAAAAGAAUAAAGAUAAAUAUUAUACAUGUGAAAAUUUUGAAACAAGAUUUAAAUCAAAGAAUAAUUUAAUAAAUUUAAAUAAUCAAAUAUCAGUAGAAAAUGAGAGAAACUCCCUAGAAAAUAACAAAAAGAACUUGGAAAAUGAAAAGAAUGAUUCUAUAAAUAUCACUUCGAACGAAAAAGGAGAGUUAACAAUAAAUAAAUUAAACAAUAAAAGUUUUUUAAAAGUUGAUAUGAAUAAUAAUAGAAAAUAUAACAGUGUUACUCCAAAUACUUUAGUAAGCAAGAACAUACAAAAAAUAAAUUUAAGUGCUUCUUCAAUGGUAUAUAACAUACCUGGAUCUAACAGUAAUAACAAGAAUAAUAUAUUAAGUGUUAGUAAAAAGUAUAUAAAAGAACUAGAUAGAUUGUUUAAUAAUUUACAAAAAACGGAUAUGUAUUACAUAAGAUGUAUCUUACCAAAUGAAAAUAUGGAAAGAGAUCAUUUUAAAAGGCGUUUAGUCUAUUCUCAAUUAAAACAAUGUGGUGCAAAUGAAAUGAUUAAAAUAAUAAAUAAUGGAUUAUCUCAUAAAAUACUGAAAGAUAAAUUAUUAGAGAAAUGUAAUAGUUGUAUACCUAAUGAAUUACAAUACUGCACUAAAGAUGAUAUAAUAUAUUAUUUCAUGAGACUAUUUGAUGAUUCAAAAAAUUUUAAGAUUGGAACAAACUAUAUAUUUAUGAAAUCACACGUGUAUACACAGAUCAGCUGUUUUUUUUAUAACAAUUGUUUUUUAAAUGAUAAUGUAUCUUCAGAGAAAAAAAGAGAGGUUUUCAAAGAAAUAAGAAUUAUGAGAUUAAGAAGAUGUGUAACAGUAAUAAAGAUAAAUAACUGGAUUAAUAAGUAUUACAGAGUAUAUUUAGAGAAGAAAAAAGAAAUGAAAAGAAAAGCUUGUGAUUAUAUAUAUAAAAUGUAUUUAAUUUAUAAAACAAUGAUAAGUAUAAAAAAGACAUUUUCCUAUAAUAUAAAAAAAUUAAAUAGAAUCUUCUGUAAUUUAGGAUAUUAUUUUGCUUUUAAAAAAAUGAAGAAUACAAAGAAAAAUAUAUUUUUGAGUAAAUUGAAAAAAAGAGAAGAAACAAUUAAAAAUAGCAAAGGAGAGAUAGAAGAAAAACUGAUAAUUAAAAAAAUUUCUCAAAAUAAAGAAUUAGAAAAUAAAUUAAAUUCGUUAGAAGAUAAGGUGGAAGGGCUUAAUAUAAAAAAUGAAACAUAUGAUACAAUUAAUGAUAAAGAAGAGUUAAUCAAUUUGAUACAUGAUAAUGGAGAAUCACAAGGUUUACAAAACGCAAUAACAGAAAUAUUUGUUAGUACACCUGAUAAUUAUCAUUAUAUUUAUAAUAAUCUAGACUGGGUUAUAAUAUAUAUAAAUAAAAAAUUAUAUUUUUACAACAUUUUCUACAAUUAUCAAAGAAUAGACAGACAAUAUGUUUUAAGUUAUGAUAAUAUUAAAGCAAAAAAAUUGUACCCCAUAAAAAAUGAAAAAAUAAAUAACUAUAAAGAAAAAAGUGAAUAUUCCUCAAUAGAAACAAAUGAAAACGAUUUGAAUGAUAAUACAUAUUUUGAAAAAUUUUGUAAUUUAAAAGAAAACAAGUAUAGUGAAAAUUGUAAUAAAAAUAUUUUAGAAAACGGGAAAAAAGUAUUAAAUGAGAACUUAAGAUUAAAAAAAAAAAAGAAAGAUAUAUUCUAUAUGUCAAGAGAUUUUCAUUGUAUUAAUCAACAUAAUUUGUACAAGAAUAUUUUCAUAGGUAUUGACAAAAACUUAAAUUUAAUUAUAUUUACUUACCCUAAUUUAAAAACUAUUAAAAAAUUUAUAAAAAAAAAAAUUAAGUCAAUAAAACACAGCAAUGAAAACUUACCUAAAACAAAUUUGCCUCUAUUAUAUAAAAGUAAUAGAUAUGAUUCUCAAUUGCAAAAAAAAGUAGAUAAUGUAAGACAAAAAUGUGAUAAUUUUGUAAAUAAUUGUAAAAAAGAAGACAUAAUUAGAAACGAAAAUACAGAGUUUGAGGCAAAAGAACAAUAUGAUGUUUUUAGUGAAGAAAACUUAAAUAUGUUCAUUCAUAUAUAUAAAAACAUAUAUGUUUUAAGUAAUUUAGAAGAUGUUUUUAAAAAAGAGAAAGAAUUAAAUUAUAAAAAGGAAGUAAUAGAAAUAGAAGGGACCAAAUUAAAGACAGAAUUAUAUAAUCAAAUUGAUAAAAUUAAAGAUGAUACAAAAUUCAAAGAAAUUAAUAAAAAAAAAAAUAUUUCUUUUUCCAGUUUUCUAAUAGAAUUAAAGAAAGAAGAAUAUAUCAUGAAUGAAUUUUAUUCCAAUCCUUCCUUUAAAAUAUUAAAAAUUUGUUUUUUACCUAGCAGUAUAAGUUAUUUCUCCUAUUUAGCUUAUGCAUUAAUAAAUGGAAACCAUUAUUUAUUAUUAACUAUAGUUAAUUUUUUAUCUAAACCAAUUUAUAAAUAUACCACUUAUAUACUUAUAAAUAAUGUAAUUAAUAAUAAAGAUUUUUUAAAUUUUUUUAUUAAAAGUUAUAAUCAUAUAAAUUUUAAUAACAAAAUUAAUACUACUAGUGAUGAAAAUCAAAUAGGAGAAAAGAAUGCCAUUAAUAAUGAAAGUUUAGACAAAUACUUAAGUACUUUAAAAAUGACUAUAAUUAAUAAUUCUCAUAUUCUUAUAUAUGGUUCAUGCCUAUUAAGUUUGGUUGAAAUAAAAAAGUAUGAUUUAAAUAAUACUAAUCCAUAUAUUAAGGAAUAUGAAUAUAAAUAUUUAAAAUUGAUAUUUAAUUUGUAUUGUUUUGAAUAUUUUAAUAAUAUUUACGAUUCUUACAUGAAUAAAUUAUCUUAUGAUUUAAAACAUAAUUUAAUUAUUAAUGAUUUAUUUAAAAAUGAAAAAAACAACUUUAUUGGUCCUAAUGAAUCAAAAGAAAGGGUAUCGAGUUUUAAUAAAAAUGAUGAGUUAAAUACAGAUAUGAAAGAGAAUAACGAAUGUAUGUUUUAUAUAUUUUCUCUAUUUAAUGAAAUCUACUUAUUAACAAAUAAAAAUGAAGAAAAUUCUUUUGAUGUGUUGUUUAAUUAUGAAAAUUGGAAAAUAAUGAAAUUAAAAAACAGUAAUACAGGUGAUAUAAAGAAGUGUACAUUUCAAGGUGUAAUGAAUGUUAAUAUUAAUUAUUAUUAUAAUAAAAGUUAUUAUAAAAGCUUCAUAGCUCUGAAUUCUUCUAUUCAAGCAACAAUUCAAAAAUACGAUAAUAAUAAUAAUAAUGAUGACAAUAAAAAAAAAUAUUAUAAAUCGAUAUUCCCUGACGUGUAUAUUUUGAAAGAAAUGAGAUAUAACAUGUAUAAGAAGAGAAAUGGUUUUUAUUAUAAUUUAAAAAAUGAAGAACUUUUUACAUUAUGUAACGAAAAAGAAGAUGAUUUUAUCACUCCUAAUGAUAAAAAAUAUCUCUCUUAUAAUAUUUUAGCAUAUACACCAUUAAAUCAUUUGGAUACUAUACUAUUAUUAAAUUACUCUGAUAAAAUGAAUUCAUACACUUUUGAAUUCAUGAAUAUUGUGAGCAAAGAUAAAAAAGUAGUUACCCUUGAGGAAUAA